UUUCCUCUCAGUCUAGCAAAUAAACCAAAAAAUGAAACGAUCAGGCGGUGAUGGAAUACCUUACAUCGGAAAAAAUCUAUCAUCGGAAAUCUUUUAUUGUUAGGACCAAAUCCCAUCCCAUUUUCUUGAAUGAGUUUUCAUGAUUUACUUACAUUAAUAUUUUUCUUAGGAAGAGUGGGUCUCAAUAUUUUUAUUUUUUCUUUUAAGGAAUUGGCCAAAAAAUUUGGUGAUCUUCAUAGUAACAUUCUUACACGUUCAGUUCUUCAAUUAAUUCUUUUCCCUUUAAAUCGACACAAUUUAACGGGCACAAUUCCUUUUAUGCAAAUUGCCUUCAAUUCAGUUAAUCGAUUUUGUGGUUACCUUAUGAAUAAUAAUAUACAAGAUGUUAUUGCUCAACACAAUUCAUAUUUUCCUCAUUUAAAUGUUUUAUUUAACGAAAUUUUUGGCCUUUUUGAACGUGCCUAUACUUGCCUUUACCAAACUCAUGGCAACAAUUUGGCUAGACAAUGGGACUUUUUUCAUGUUAAUUUUGAUGAUUUUUCUAUUUUAAUUAAUGAGGCAACACAGCUUGAAGACGAAAUGCGAGGUAUUCGUUUAAGAGUUUUCCAAACUCAAGGACUCGUUCUAAGCGUUGGAGGUGUUCCAGUUAAUGAUGAUAGUGAUGUUAAUGAACAUAUAAAAAUUAUUCAACCAAUGUCUCCUCUUCCACCUUUAAUUGAAAGGCUUAAAUUAGAAAAUAAAAUGGAAUAUCCUCUCUCUAAUUUUUUUCUCUACACAACUUUGGAAACAAUGCAUCAUUAUUUUUGGAUUGGAUUUCAAUUACGUUUAUUUUUGCCUUUUGAAUUUAUUUAUGUUUAUUGGUAUUUUGGAGAGGUUGUCGCUCGUACUUUAAAUAAAAUGACUUACAACAGAAUUAAUAAUCUUCUCUUAGAAUUUCAUAGAGAUUUUGACAAAAUUGAACGUUACGAGAAGGAACGUAAAUUGGAUAGAAUAGCUGGGAGUCCAACUUCAAGGAGUAAACGUUCCCGUAGUAGAUCUAGGACAGAAGAACAAUAUCGAAGUAGAUUGACUGAAAUGAAAGUAAAAUCUUUGUGUUACAAAAUUGAAGCUAUAAUGUCUCGUGGAAUGUUUAAAAUGAUGGUUGGAUUAAUUACAAGUAAAGAAAUUGUUUUACCUGAAGAAGAAAUGUUGCGUUAUAAUAGACGUUUUAUGUUAUUCUCUUCUUUGAAUGAUAUGAUUUAUUAUGAUUAUGAACGUUAUUUGGAAUAUUCUAAGUUUGUUUUUAAGUGUUAA